GUACAUGUCAACUUCCGGGUGGCGGGGCGUAAAGCCGGAAUGUUUUGAUUUUGAAGUCUUCUCCAACUUUAGCCGGAUUGUUUCAAAGAGUAAUUGUAAACGGACAGCCUCCACAGACUGUUGAUGGACGCUCUGCACAGACACCGCUCACUGUAUAAAGGAACGACUGCGCCAUGGAAAGAAACAUAUCGCAAGCGCUGUGUAGACAGGCUAAAAAACAGUCGGGCCAGGCUGCUGGAGAAAUACCGGCAGAUGGGAGAGAGCCAGCAGUGUAGCAGCUCCGGGGCCUCCAUCAUCGUCCAGGAGGUGAUGGAGGAGGAGUGGAGCGCGCUGCAGUCCGAGGACCAGAGACUGCCCUCACUGUGGGGACCUGCGGGCAUGGCAGAGAUGUUGGGUGUUAUGAGGGAGUACGAUGAACUGGCGGUGCUCGAGGAAAUCCAACAGGAGCUCAUGUCUGAAGAGAUGUCCAUUAUUGAAGAGUACGAGAAGAACCAGCUGUUUGAGCAGCAGUACAUAUCAUCUGUCGUGGAAGGAAUGGAUGAGAUGCGUAUUAUUUGCCCCAUAUGUCACACGAACAACCUGAACAUCAACAGCUUCUUUAUCUCCUGCCCCUGUGGAGUUUAUAUCAACACUAAGAAGCAGAGCAUCACUCCUGAUGUCCUGCAGCAUCUUCUGGAGUCCAGGGUGUCGGAGCACAUGGAAGACUGUCUCCACAACCCCGUGUUCUCUGUAGCUCCUAACACAGAAGGCUCUCCCAACCUCAUGAUAAGCUGCAAGGUUUGUGACUACCUAUCCAUCGUCCUGUGAACGCAGACGGCUGUCAUGAGUGACUCCACUCGUGAGAUUUGAUUUUGAGUUUUUUGUGCUCUUUGUAUAUUUUAUUAAAUAAAGGCAAUUUUGUAUAUUUAACGGA